UGAACCCCACCCUCGUUUCCUCUCCCUUUCUGUUGAUGCCAGGGAUGGUUGAUAGAGAUGCUUUCUGGAGCAGAGCAGUGACAGACAGUAAGGAAAAAAAAGAUUGAGAGGAAGAAAAGGUUGAGGGUCAUUGAGAACUAAGACUCCACCGGGACGUAACAGGAUGUGCAAAAUAUUUCAUACGUUCAUCAUGGGACUACAUGUUUUCAUGAAGGAGUAUUUUCUUGGUUUUUGGGACUAUGAAACACCAAAGGUAAUGGUGGUUAAAAACAAAACGCUUGGAUUUAUAUAUCGAGGCGUUCAAUUUCUUGUGAUUACCUAUUUCAUAUGGUAUGUCUUCAUAAGUCAGAAAGCCUAUCAAGAGACUGAAACCCGUCCAGAGAGCUCAGUUUACACGCUCAUGAAAGGCACAGCAGUUCAUGGAGAUGAUAUCUUGGACACUGUGGAGUAUGCGCGACCCUCAGAGGGUGGUGAUGUCAUUAGUACAAUAUUGAGACGAGAAGUUACAUUUAAUCAGAAGCAAGGGACCUGCGCUGAGCAUUUCAACGUUGCCAACGCUAACUGCACAAGAGACUCUGACUGUGUACAGGGAGAGGUUGACUUUGAUGGCCAUGGAAGAAGGACCGGCAGAUGUGUUCCAUAUUACAACCACACCUUCAAAACCUGCGAGAUCCAAACCUGGUGUCCUAUUGAGCAGUAUGCUGUCGUAAUAGAACCAGCAUUAUUGAAGGCUAUCAAUUUCACAGUGUUCAUCAGGAACUCUAUCCACUUCCCCAGAUUUAAAGUGCUAAGGGGAAAUAUCAAAGACGCUCGAAGUAAGCGUGACAUACAGAAAUACCUCAGUAAGUGUCAUUAUAAUGAGGAGAAAGAGCCCUAUUGUCCAAACUUCCGCUUGGGUUACAUCGCUGAUCAGGCUGGUGAGGAUUUCAGUGAGCUCUGCAGGACUGGAGGAGUGAUAGGGGUCUUUAUCAACUGGAAGUGUGACCUGGACCUGGAUCCUUCCAACUGCAAACCCACAUACUCCUUCCGGCGCCUUGACCUCCGGAAGGAUCUGGUCAACUCGGGUUACCAUUACAGGUUUGCCAAAUAUUACAGUAAGGAUGGGGUCGAGUCUCGGACUCUCAUCAAAGCCUACGGUAUCCGCCUGGACGUCAUAGUUCAAGGACAUGCUGGUAAGUUCAGUCCCAUUCCAACCAUCAUCAGCACGGUGACCACUAUUACUUCAGUUGGGAUUUGUACCAUUAUCUGUGACUGGAUCAUGCUGAAUUUUAUUGACAAGAAUGAAGUCUACAGUGACAGAAAAUUUGACGAGAUCACCAAGGAGCCCGCGGUGCCCCCUCCAACAGAGCUCAGCUACAUCAACAGCUUCGGCUCCAACCAUUCGGACUUGUCAGACGGCGUUCCGCUGUGAUGUUGUCUCAGUCCUCCCCGGCACAAGUGUGUGGAUGGUCCUCCAUCGGACUGCAAGCAACACAGAGCUGCUCCUCAGUUGCGUGUCUGCAGCAGCUCAGUGAAGGGCUGCCAGCCGUCGCCAUGCUGUUGUUAGGGGAACUGAGCGGAACGAAAACCAGUGUCAGAGGAGGCGUGAUCGUCUCAAAGUGUCUCCCUGUGCAGUGGAUUCAGCUCAUAUAUCGUCCCAAACCUCGAUGGACCCCAACAUGUGCAACAAAGUUCAUUCUUUCUCAGUCACUUGACAUGACUUGCAGUAACACUAUUUUGAAAAUGUGCUUAUUUUCCAAGUAUAAAUAGAAAAAUUAUUUCAGAGGAAAAAAUGUGAGUUUUGAUCAACAUUACAAACUUUGCUCAUUUAUAUCAGUGUAUUGUGGAGAUAAAGAGGGAUAAAUGUUCUGUUUCUUUCUUUCAACAAGUUUAUCAUGACAUGUCGACCUGUGCUCUUAUAAAUUGACAUUAUUACACAUUUUAUUUUAUCUUUCAACCUGAUGUGCUCAGUAUUACAAUAGAUAAAGGAGGAAGCGGCCAGGAGACACACAAGGAGAGCAAUGAGCAGUCAUCUAAUAAAGCUGCAUUUUCCUUGAAAUGGUCUCUCUAACAAGAUUGUGGGGAAGAGUGAAUCCAUCUGGAUGCCUGAGAGCAGUACAAAUGUCAGUGGUGAUAAAUGACUAUGAAGAUUAAGGACUAAUGGAUCGUUGUCUACCACAAAAGGACAGAGCAGCACUAUGCGGUCAAACCUCAGUUCGGAGGUUGUUAACAACACGUAAAGAGACACUUUCAUGUUUCAUCCUAAACGGCAGUGGUUGUUUUAAUAAAC